CAUACAUUCUUCACAAGCACUCCUUUUGAUCAUAUUUUGCCUAGAGCCUAAGCCUAAUUAUGGGUUUUUCUUUGAUAAUCAUGGAUGAAAGAUUGUUGGAGGCUGCAAUAGUGGGAGAUGUUGUAGCAUUAGAUGAUUUGUUAAAAGAGGAUCCACUUGUUCUCUGGAGAGUGUCUUUGUCAUCUAGAGCAGAAACACCACUUCAUGUUGCUUCACUUGCCGGCCAUGUUGAUUUUGUGAGAAAGAUCAUGGAAGUGGUGCCUUCAUUUGCGCAGGAGCUUAACAAAGAUGGCUUUGCCCCAAUUCACCUGGCAACGGCUGCAGGACACUUAGAAGUAGUGAAGGAGCUUUUGAACAAGGCCAAUUCCUACCUGUGUUUGUUGAAUUCCGAUCUGUGUUUGUUGAAGGACAAAGCAGGAAGAACGGCACUCCAUCUUGCAGCCAUCAAAGGGAGGGUCGAUAUCAUAGAUGACCUGCUAUCACAUUGUUCUCAUAAAAAAGCCAUGGAGCAAGUGACUCUACUAGGUGAAACUGUUUUACACUUGGCAGUGAAGAAUAGUCAAUUUAAAGCUUUCAAAGUCCUGUUUGAAGCAUCAGAAAGGCUAGUGGGUCAUGAUAGGCGAGUAAAUGCAAAAGAUAAUGAAGGUAAAACAGUCCUUGAGAUUGCAAUUGCCACAAAUCAACUUCAGGAUAAAGACUUGCUACCCGUUAUGGCCACAAUGAUAGCAGCGGCAACGUUCCAAGCCGGAUUGAAUCCUCCCUCAACCAUCUGGGAAAAUGGAGUCCAUCUUGAUAACAAAUGCAUUAUUACUACUCUAAAUUACCGACACGCGGGGGAUCUUUUGGGGUUAAAAUCGUGCCCAGCUUCAAGAUUCUAUGGUUUCAUGCUGUGCAAUACGCUUGCCUUUGCUGCCUCGAUCGUCCUCAUCCCUUUUCGCCAGGAUACAAGGAUGGCACCACCUCUGACAAUGAUUUCCCUUUUCUUCUUGCUUUUUACUUACCUUACCUUUCUAGGCACCAUUUCUCCUAACGUAUCUUUAUUCGGUUUUAUCUAUGUUGUAAUGGCACUUAGCAUUUUUCUUCUCUUUCUUUACGUACCAUUUAAAUUUAGCCUCAUUCAUCUCUUUAGAAAACGAAGCCGAAGAACCAACUUACAGGAAGAUGCAAGUUCAGGAAGGCGGUAGCAUGCAUCAGUUGUAAUAGCAGAAGUAAAGAUAUAUACUUCUACUUAUCAUAUGGAGUGCGCCUCUGUUGUAAUAAAUUUAGUUUUGUUGUUUGGUAAAGAUUUCAUGUUUCCGGUCUUGACUUUGGGCUGUUAAAGAAAAUUGAAGAAAUGGA